AUGUCCAAUUUUGAACAUGUUGAACUUGAAGCGCUCUGGAGUGACUUUACUAAAGCCACACCAAUGGAGGAAUCAAUUUCAACAGUAGAAAUAGCAAUUCGUGAAAUGCUUAACAAAAAUGAUAUUAUUCACGAGUCAAGAUUCGCUUAUCAUGGCAAAUACUACACCAUCAAAUAUUUUCCAGCAGAUUUCUCCGUCGAAACAGAUGCUUUUAAGCUUACUUAUACACCAGUUCCUGUAAUUAAUUUAAUUCGAAAAUAUUUCGGAGUAGAAGGUGGAUUAUUUGUUAUUUUCUCUGCUAAAUCGAUUGACAGUGCUCAUAAACUAAUGUCCGUCUUGACUCCUGCAAUUUCAGAUUUAGGCACAUGUUUACCAAUAUUCGUUCACAUUCCAUCUGGAAAAUACCACAUGUUUCUUGGAUUUUCGUUUAACGAGCAUGUUCAUACUCAUAUGAGCUGCAAAAUUGAUUGGAGCGAAAAAACUGUAUUUUCUGACUUCGACUCCAUCUUAAAAACAUUUAAAGAAUGUACAGGAGUUGAUAAUUGCCCAAUUACAGCAAAUUCAUCCAUCUUUUUCGAUAUUGGAAAAAAUUAUUUUGGACCAAAUUCAAAAUAUACUCAAAACGAAUUCUAUUCAAAGAUAGUUCAAGAUCCAAUUGAUAAUAUUAAGAUAGCUUUGCUUACUACCGAAGUCAAGAAUCCAGAAAAAGAUUUUUCACUGAAUGAUGUCAAACAUAUCGCAAUUGCAAUGAACAGAAACACUAGCGAAACAAUAUACCAAGAAUCUGGCUUAACAAGAUUCGUAAAAUUCAUAAAACAUACUGAAUUUAUGCAAGAAUUUACAAACCACGCUCCAACACAAGCUACAAAGAUAGUAGAUGACAUAUUUGCAUCAGCCAAGGUCGGAGGAGAGAAAUCUGUGCUCAAAGCUGCUCCUGCUGACUCAAUUUUGACAAAAAUCACUAUUGCAAUGGCUUCUGCCCCGGAGAUUCACUUGGCAUCGUCAAUUUGGUCGACUUUCCUCUCAAAAAUUAGAAAUUGCUAUGAUAAGAAAAUUUUGAUCCCAGGAGUCGGAACUGAUGCUCCAGACUUCGAGCACUGCCUGUUAUAUCAAAAGAUACAGAUGAUUAACUAUUGCAUUGCUCAAGGAAAGAAUUCUGAUCGUAAAUUUACAAAUUCUGAGCCAACAAACAAGAAACUUCUAAAUGGAAAGCCGAUGAUUAAUCCUUCUUUGCAGACAGUCGCUUCCGCAAGAACAGAAGAUCAACUCCGUGAAGAUGAGCAAUUAUUAUUGAAUAAUUACGAAGAUCAACUCCAGAAGUCAAGAAUCCAAAGCAAACAGCUCAGAUCAGACAUUGCAGCAUUCAAAGCUGAAAACGAAGGUUCUGUUUUCGAAGAUUUCGUAAGGUGGUUUUCACCAACCGAUUACAACGAAGAAACAGGAGAAAUGACAUCGAGAAUGAGUGAUCCAAGGAAUUUCUGGCGCGAUCUAUGGGAGGCAGAAGUUCCAAAACUCGCAAAAGACCAAGAUCCAACUUUUGAUGCGACAAUGCAGGCAGAACUUGCAUUGGAUUACUUGUCUUCUGCAAUCCCUACAGAGGUGUUUGGAGAUCUCGUUCCUGUUUUGCUUUCUGCUGCUUAUUUCGCAAUCAAAAACGAUUAUGAAAUUAAUAUACCAAUAAUUUCGGAUUAUAUAUCUGAUGUUAAAGAUGUUUUAGAUCAGUUCCAUAAGGAAGUCGAUUUAUUCAAUAAUAAUGACCAAAACAUGAAUAUUAUUGAAUAUAUUAAAAUUUGUAACGAAAAAUUUACCAAAAUUGAAGAAAUUUGCGCCAAACUUGGUUUCUUCAAGUCUAUACUUCAGAAAUUACCAGGAUGCUACAGAUUACUUCAUUCUUUGUGUUUCGACAAAUUCUGCGUCGUAACAACUCCAGAAGAGAAGAAAGCAGCAUCAGAUUUGAUGAAAGAUCUCAAGGUUGAUGAAAUGACCAACCGCAGAACUGUUGAAUUCUGUUUCCAGAAGGAAUCCCAAACAGGAAAGAACAGAUUGUACACGGAACAGUACUUCGAUAACAUGGGAUACUUAAAUCACGUGUUUGUCGCAACAACAAUAGAGGAAUAUUUGUAA